UUCUCUUCUCUCUUGCUCUUGCUAAGACCCUAGUACCUGAUCUCUAACUCAGAAUUAUGUAUCUUUGAGGCAGAAAUCUCCACGCAAGAAGAGGGAAGAAUGGCAAAUCUUAUCUGGUAGGGUACCUUUCCCUAAAGUUUCAAUUUUAAGUCAUUCAGACUCAUACUUUUCCUCUCCUCCCUUCUAUUCCCUUGGUUGCUGGACUUUCCUUGGGAGCUAUCUGAUGCCUCAGACUUUCCCUGCUUUAAUCCCUCUUGCUCAGGUGCUUUCACUCCCUUUCCAGAAGGCAGGCAUUCUACCUCCAGUUACUCCAUCUAGCCAGACUGGUUUGAAUCAGCCACACCCCCUUCCGAGCUUCUGGGGCUCUUCGGAUGGUGGCUGGCCACCCAACCUCACCCCUGGGCUUGGCUUGGAGCCCUGAGUCAGCUCCAUCUCCACCCAAGCCAAAUCAAACCUGAGGCAGGAGCCGAAACUCACAGUUCCUCAAGGCCUAUAGCCAGGUGAUGGAGGACGAGGAGAAGGCAGUGGAGAGCUUGGUGAGCAACACGGAAGCUGCUCGUUCUCCAUCCCCCAUUCGCUGCUGCUCGCUCCGCCUCCGCUACUUGGCAGCUACUAGCAUUAUAUGUGGCUGCUCUUGCCUGGGAGUCGUGGCCCUUGUAUUUGCCAUCAAGGCGGAAGAGCGGCAUAAGGCAGGCCGGUUGGAGGAGGCAGUGCACUGGGGGGCCCGGGCCCGGAGGUUCAUCCUGGCCAGCUUUGCCGUCUGGCUUGCUGUCCUUGUUCUGGGCCCGCUGCUUCUAUGGCUGCUCUCCUACGCCAUCGCCCAGGCUGAGUGACCCUGGCUGGCCUUUGCUGAGAGUCAGCCGAGACAUCCUGGAUCCUGCAAUGCGGCAUUGCUAGGGUCUGGUGCCAACAAUGGUACUUCCUGGCUGGAAGGAUGGUGCCUCUCUCAAAGGGCUUUGGAAGAGAGAGGCAGCAGCUGAGACUGAUGAGGGGAGGUCAGCCUGCUCUGUUCUUUCAGUGCCCACCAUCCCCUAUUCCCCCCAAUCUCCUCCAUCCUAGGGGCCUCUAGGAGGUGGGGUUGAAGCCCAGGCCUGAUUUUAUUAGUAUUUGUUUUGUAAUAAAAAUCUUUUU